CUGCACAACACAAGGAGCCUCAAAACCCUCUGCUCCUUCUCUCUCUCUCUCUCUCUCUCUUUCUAAAGCUUUCUCUCUCUAAAAGCUUCGUUGCCGCCUAAUGGAAGACGACGACGAGUUCGGAGAUCUGUACACCGACGUCCUCCGUCCCCUCCAACAGCAGCUUCAAUCCAAGCCGGCGUCUCCGGCCCGCCCGAUCGAUCUCAACAUUCAGAGCGACGACGAAGAGAUUCUUUACGGAGCUCCGAAUUCGAACCCUAAAUUUAAUUUGUCCACCACUCAUCGGAGCCAAACCCUACCUUCCAAGUCCGAGGAGGCGGCGGCGGACCCGGCUGUAGCUGGAAUCUCCGAUCCCCGUCGGAAUUUGGAUGCUGUUAGUGAGCAGGGAGGUCCGGAAGUAGAGAGAGAAAAGGGUUUAGCCGAGGGGUCGAGUAAUUGGGCGUCGGAUUCUUUGAAGCCGAGUGGUUCUAGGGUUUUGGAGAGCGGCGGCGAUGUGGAAUUGGUAAGGAGGGUCUUUGAGGAUCCGAAUUUAGUGGAUGAGUCCAAGAUUGGUGUUCUUGUUGAGAAGCGAGAUGACAAGGAUGAUGACGCGUUGCUCAAAAAAGGCGAGGUUUUGGUGGAUAAGAAGGAGUACCUUGAGAAAUUUGAUGCAGAAGAGGAAGAGGUUCGUACUGAGAUUGGGGAUAUGGGUUCGGAGCCAGUGAUUCCAGGUCUGUCGAUUCCGGGGGUUGCCGAUGUGGUGGACAAUAGAGGGGCUGGAAAUUUUGUUGUAGGAAAUGAAGCAAGCGGCGAGGGCACUGAUUGGGACAGCGACAGUGAGGAUGAUUUGCAGAUUGUGCUGAAUGAUAAUGACCACGGGCCUAUGGCGAUGGACGGGGCUGGAGUGAUGGGAAGUGAUGAUGAGGAUGAAGAUGGUGAUCCUUUGGUUAUUGUUGCUGAUAAUGAACCGGGUCAUCAGCCAAUGGAAGAGCAAGACUGGGGCGAAGAUACAGCACAGGCAGCGGAUGGCGAGAAGAAGGAAUUGGGUGAUGCAGCCAAAGUGAAUGCAGGAGUGGCCGUUGCACCAAAAAUUGGUUACAGCAAUCAUGCAUAUCAUCCCUAUCAUUCUCAGUUUAAGUAUAUAAGACCUGGUGCAGCACCAAUGCCCGGAGCACCACCUGUUGGCCCUGGUGGGGCUCCAGGUCAAGUUCGUCCACCAGUCGGCAUGGGACCUGUUUCUGGUCGUGGUAGAGGUGAUUGGCGGCCAAUGCAGAAAAGUUUUCAUCAGUUUGGCAUGCCUGGUUGGGGAAACAAUUCAUCCGGGCGUGGUUUUGGCAGUGGGCUGGAAUUUACACUUCCAUCGCACAAGACUAUAUUUGAGGUUGAUGUUGAUAGUUUUGAGGAAAAACCGUGGAGGCUCCCUGGUGUUGAUGUAUCAGAUUUUUUUAACUUUGGUUUGAAUGAGGAGAGCUGGAAAGAUUACUGCAAACAACUGGAACAACUCCGCCUGGAGACAACCAUGCAAAGCAGAAUUCGUGUCUAUGAAAGUGGGAGAACAGAACAGGAGUAUGAUCCAGAUCUGCCACCAGAACUGGCUGCAGCAGCAGGUAUUCAUGAUAUUUCUUCUGAAAAUGCGAACCCUGGAAAGAUGGAUGCUGAACAAAGUGAAGUAGUAAAGGGAGCAGCACGUGUGCGGCCACCUUUGCCAGCUGGAAGACCAAUACAGGUGGAAACUAGUUAUGCUGAGCGUCUCCCAUCCAUUGAUACCCGUCCACAACGAAUGCGUGAUUCUGAUGCAAUAAUUGAGAUUACCUUGCAGGAUUCUGCAGAUGAUGAUUCUUUCCAGGGGAAUGACGUCACUGACCAACCGGAGAAUGAGCCCUCAAGGGAUGAUUCCAGAGGUGGUCCAGAAAUUGGAAGAGAUAUUGCAGAGGAAGAUACUGAACAUUUUAAUGGGUUUUCACGGGCUAAUAAUGGUAGGAAGAGGGAAGUGGUUGGAAUAGCAACACAAACGAAUUAUGCCGAGGGUGAUUAUACAGAAGGAGUUGGAACUUUGCCUUCUCCCCUAAAAGCACCAAUUAAGCAUUCUCCUAAUUCUAGGGGCAGACCUCUGCAUCUAGCAGAGAUGUUGGCAGCUUUCAUGAGGAGAGCAAUACCUCUUUCCUCAUCCAGACAGACAAAAGGGAAAGUUCGGGACCGAUCCUCCGAUAUGGCUCAAGUUGAAAGUACGGUAAAUAAGAAAUUUCCUGAUGAGCAGAGGGAAGAUUUGAUUGACAGCACUUGUGGUAAGCCCAGCCCUCGAUUAGCAUCUCCUGUAACUGCUGGGAGUGCUGGAGAGCCUGAUGUUGAACGUGAUGAUUCUUUGCAUGAUGAGGUGGUGUUAGCCGAUGGAAGAUCUGUGAUGGACAGAGAGGAAACAGCCUUGGAUUUGGCAACUGCAAUGGAUACCUGCAUAGAUGAAAACGCUUUUCCUUCUGUUAAGAAACAAAAAUUAAGUUCUCGUGUUGAGCAUUCUUCUCUUCAAGAUACUGAUGGAGGGGACUUUAAGGCAGCAAGAAGUAGUGAAAACAGCAAAGCAAGAUCAGGAAGCAGCAGAGACCAUCAGAAGUUACGUGAUAGUGUUGACGAGGAAGUUGUUCAGCAUGGACCUUCUACACGCAUGGGGGACUUGAAGAGAGAUGAGCAGAGUGUCCGAAGAAAAGGUCGUGAUGAGAGGCAUGAGAUGGAAAAACGUCGGUUGAGUGAAAAAGGUAGAGAAGAUGCCUAUUCUCGUAGAGAUCGGGAUCCUCAUUCAAUCCACCAAUCACAUGGGAAAACUGAAGGUGUAGACAGACGUAAGGAGAGAGAGGGUUCUGAGGUUGCUUGGCAACGACAGGAUGAUGAUCAGCAUGGUAGAAGAUCUAGAGCUGAAGACACAAGGAAGCGAGAGUAUGGUGACGAAAUAGGGUCAAGGCACCGAAGCAAGGUUAGGGACAGUGAGAGGACGGACAAGGAUGAACGUCUUCAUUUGAGGAAACAGAUGGAUAAUGGUAGCUCAAGAAGCCAUCACGACAAGGAUGUGGGAUCACGACUCCGGGAAAGGGAUGACAGUUUGAAAAGUCGUUAUGACAACAUGGAUGAUCUUCGUGGUAAAAGACGGAAAGAAGAGGAGCAUUUAAGGAGGGAUGCUGAAAAGGAAGAAAUAUUACAUGGACAUAGAGAAAAUACCAAUCGCCGGAAGCGGGAAAGGGAUGAUUCUUUGGAUCUGCGUAAGAGAGAUGAUCAAGUGAGAAUUAGAGAUGAUGAUUUCCAUUCUGUCAGGCAUAAAGAAGAGGGCUGGAUUCACAGGGAGAGGAGUGAGCGGCCAAGAGAGCGAGAUGAAUGGCAUAGGAUCAAACAGUCACAUGAAGAAAGUUUAUUGAAACGGGACAGGGAAGGAAGGACAGGAGUGCGGGGCGGGCGGGCUGCAGAAGAGAAAGCUUUGAUCAGCCAUAGUAGAGUGAAGGAUAAGGGUUCUGAUAGAGAUACCCAAUUGAAAGACACGGGGAGGCAAAAUGAACAACAUAAGAAAAGGGAUUGGGUUGAGGAUCUUUCACAGCAUAGGGGACGUGAAGAUGUCCAUGCACGCGGCGGCCAACUCAGCAAUGAUGAGAGAAGAUCAAGGCAGGACAGGGCUGCUCGCAGUGAUCGCACUAUUUUGGGUUCUGAUAAACAUAAGGCACUUGACAAAAAAAAUAAAGAUGUCUCUAGGAGAGUUAAAGAAUCUGAGGGUGGUGAUCAGAACUCCAUGGGCCAGUCAAAGAGAAAUCAAGAAGACCGAAGUGGUCAGAUGAAUGAGCCGAAUUCAUUGAGAUUGAUGCUAGAUACCUUUGCACUGGUUUAAUUAGGCCUUCACUACUCUUUAUACUGGAAUCUAUUGAAACCCACUGAAACUGGUACUAUACAUAUGUAUUAGUCAGAACUCCAGUUUCACAAUUUGUGUUGUCUUGCAUAAUCUUGAGAUUGUAUUUGUGCAUUUGUAAUUCCAGUAUUAUGCAUUGUGAAUAUGGGUUCAGAAAUUGAGUAUAAGUGGUUCCAACAUUCUGACAUGCUCCUGCAUUUUUUGAGAAAUCAAAGAACUAUUUUAUGUUGAUUUAGGUAUACCUUUCCUUCUUCUCUCUGUAGUAAACAUCUCAGUUGCAGGACAUGAAAUGACUGGUUAAUUCUUUUUUGAAAUGAGGACAAACACAAGUGCACAAUCUAUGAUAAAUUGUUUGUCUUAUACUUUUAUGAAAAUAAUUCAUGUUUUACAUAAAAAGAAACAACUGUAAUUAAAAAAAAAGUGCUAAUAUAUAUUUUAAUUAACUCUAUUUAUGAAAAUUUGAAUUUAAAAAUCUUAAAAUUGAAAAGCUUAAAGGAGCGUGGAUUAGUAAAU